AAGUGAAGAUACGUUUGAUGAGUUUGACUAUGACGAUGAAGAGCUAGAUGAAGCGGAUGGAUAUUUUACCGAAGGGACUCCCGAUGAUGAGCUUUUUAGAAACCCAAAAGCUGGAAGAAAGUGUGAACAGUGCCCCUUUAGAACCAGAAGAAAUGCCCGUGCAUGUGCGAUGCUACUGGCCAGGAGGGAUACCUUUGCUCAUAGUAUGACCGAUCUUGGAAAAACAAAUGUUGUGGAACAUGAAAUCAAUACCG